AUGCCGUCGUUGAAGGACCUCAACUGCAGCAUUGAACUAUCGCAAACCCAACACGUAUUACCAGAGUACGGUACCACUUACGGCGACGGCUUCGUAGAGACAUUCGUGCCUGUACCCAACCAGCCGCAAUCCUUCUCAAUUCACCUCACAUCCAACACAUUCAUCGCGCCGGGAAUCGCCAUCUUUGUCUACGUCGACGGCGUCUACCAGUGCAAUCGCAACAGGCAAGAUAUCAAGCUCAGAAAACCGUCGGACAGUCGCUCUUUGGUGGACUUCAGGGUACGCCAAAAAGAGGAGAGACAGAAGGAUGGGUCCAUGAUUGCGCGCGAAUGGACUUUUGAUAAUUUGGAUAUUGCAUCUGCGGAUGAUGCGUCAAACCUCCACCCACCGGCCGCUCUUGACAGCACAGGAUGUAUCGAAGUCGUGGUGCUGCGAUGUGCUGGCAGUCGAGACGCGAAAUCUGCUUUGGCGAUCAACUUGGACGGCGCUGGUGACUGGCCUGACCAUCGCUUUAGCUUAAGAGACUCACCAAGCUCCCACAAUCGAUCCACGUACGAUGACCGCGGACCGUUUUUCAAUAUUUCCCACAAUAUAUCUGGCCCACCAGCGCCUUGGGCGUCAUAUCGCGCGCCGUACGCCGAAACACUGCAGAGUCAUGAGAGCUCCAAGACACAUAUUCAACACAACACUCUCCCUGUACGGGACAAACCUUCUAGAGUAUCCAUCACACGUCACUCAAAGUCCGGCUCUCGGUACUCGGAAGCGAUCAGCCCGCGAACACGACACUUAGAAAGCCUUCCUCCUUCGGGGUUUCAAUAUGGCAGUGGACCUAUUCCACCCGAUAGAAAACUUACUCAUCGCGGCAAUAAUAGGGCUACAACCCCGGAAACAAGUGGUGUUGAUCCUGCGUGGCUGAAAAACGUAUUGAAGGCGGCAGUCAAACAGGGUGUAGAGGAGUCACGACGGGCAGAAGCCCAGUCUGCACGACAUGACAGAGAUUCAGACCACACAUCGCAGAAAGAAGACAAGACAAGCCAGGCCCCUGGUGCAUGGCCAGAAUCUCCACGCACUGGGCCUGUGCAGGUACCUCAUUCCUUCAAGGCGUCACCAUCCAAACGUAAUAAGCGCAGUGACCGUGCAUCAGAUUGGGUUCAGUCACAAAGUGGGUGGGGCCAGCUUGAGACAAAGAGCAAAAUGGGAGCCCACACAAAUCAGAACGAAGAGCAUUUGUGGGAGACAGAAACCUCCGGGUAUGUCAAUGAGUGGCGUUCCCACGAAGAAACUCCGUCAGAUUCUUGGGAUACUGAUGAAACUUGGGAGACGAGUAGAGGAAGGGAGUGGAAGGAUUCGAGCCAGUUGGAGAUACCACUUGCCACAACUGCAGCUCCUCACUUUAAUGCUCAGAUAGCUUCCCGAGCAUCUUCAUAUAUACAUCCUCGGCAGCGAUCUACACAUACAUCAAGAAAGCAUCAGUCACGUUCCAAGUCACGAUCUAGACCUCGCAAGAGAGAUAAUGAAACUUUGUUGGAACGCAGAAGAUGGGCAGGGAGUGCUUCACCCUCGUACUGUACUAGUUCGUCCAGCAGCUCAGACAACACGAUACAACCGUCACAUUCUCGAAGUCAUAUACACACUCCGCGAAAGAGAUCAAAGAGUCGUGUCCGUUCCUCGAAGUCUACGCAAUUUUAUCAUGAACGAACUUCUUCUCGGUAUCCACUUUGUGCUGAAAACUUGAAGCGCAUGGAUUCUGAACAGAUACAUGCUCCUUCUACAAUCACGCGAGUGAUACCAGAUGUUCAAAGUCGCCCAAAUAUCGCGCUCCCAACGCAUAAACAGUCAAGACGAACAAGCGGACACGCUGAUGCGGUUGCUUCUGCAUCAGGAGUUCCAGCUUGGCCUGCGGCCGUAAAAAAUACCAGUAGCAUAUUUCCAGCUCGAUGUGCACCAUCUGCGAAGGAAUAUACAUGGAACACUAUUGGUGCCGGUGAAAAGGAUCGUCAUUCCACAACCUCAUCUACUUGGGGCAGCAACAGGGUGUAUUCCUGGGCCAUUGCCACGCCUCAAGAUUCCACCUGGGAAACUGAAAAGCCCAAGACUCAAUAUAAGAACGCCUGGUACUCAUCUUCCGAUGACGACGAUGGGGAUAUUAAAUGGACUACUCCGCCUACUGAUCGUAAGAACCCAGAACCUACAGGAUGGCAGGGUGUUAUCAAGCCGAACGCGCCAUCCGGAACAAAAAAAGCGAAAUCUAAGAAAAAGGACUCCUCGGCCCUUCAAGAGCUAAAAGGUGUCCUUGAAAUGAGUUUGGGCAAAGAACAGAAAAACGACGGGAUGAAGGGGAACAAUGAGCCCCGGCCUGCUAUUCAGGAAGAAAAGGACGAAAAGGACAUGAAAAACAAGCAAUCUGACCAUACCACUACUCCCCGUCGCUACAAAAGUUCCAAAUCCCCUACCAGGUCCCGAGCUCAACCUCCAAAACCCCACUGGUAUUUUCCUCCACCACCUCCACCUGCAUCCCUCUUGCCUUCUCCUUCGUUGCCAUCCGCCAUCACAGCCGCCGCAGCUUCUAAAAAGGGAACAGCGCACGUCGUCCGAACCAGCACACCCAUUCCCUACGGCCAUGCGAUAGCGAGACCAGAGUAUGUGGAUAGCCUGGAGAAGCCGUAUGCCGUGUUUCGAUUCAAAUACCGUAGUUUGGGUACAUUGAAGAAGUUGGGAGUAUUAGGGAAUGAUCUGGAAGAGGCAAAGAAGGUCUGGCAGUGA